UUAUUAAUGGAUUCUCCGAGUCUUUCCAUUUUCUCUCACGCAACAAAACUAACCCCACUAGCUGCAAUCAAGCAGUUUUUUCUGAACCUUUUGAUUUGAAAAUUUUAAAGAUUAAAUCUUUGCUUUUGUACAAGUUUUCUUCUCCCAGGGUUCAUCAACGUUUCAAAGCGCCUAUUUCACAAACUUAAAGGGAAAGACUGACUGACUUCAAGCUUAGAUUUCCGCAAACCCAAGAAAACUCUACUCUGCAAUAUGAAAUAUGCCAAAAUUUUCCUGAAAUCACUGUUCACGGUCCUUCUCCUCCAUUACUGCUCUGCCUCAGAUUUCAUAACCGUUAACCAGCCCAUCAAAGACGACGGCACAGUUUUAGUCUCCAAUGGAGGUACAUUCGUUGUGGGGUUCUUUAGUCCUGGAAAAUCUAGUCCUCGAUACCUUGGAAUUUGGUUUAACUUCUCAAACGAAACCGUUGUUUGGGUAGCGAACAGGGAUAGCCCAAUAAACGACUCGUCAGGAGUUCUUUCCAUUGAUGCAGCUCAAGGAAAUCUUGUUUUAAACGAUGGUCAAAAUCUUCUUCACUGGUCGACAAAUCUUUCCAGCUCGUCCACUAACAAGAUUUCAGCUCAAAUCCUGGACUCGGGUAACUUUAUUUUGCUUCAAGAAGAUAAUAAGAGGGUCAUUUGGCAAAGCUUCGAUCACCCAACUCAUGCUCUGCUUUCGGGUUUGAAACUAGGCCUAGAUUUGAAAACGGGUCUGAACCGGUACAUCACGUCAUGGAAAUCCAAAGACGACCCGGGAACCGGAAACUGUUCAUUGAAAAUGGUUCCAAAUGGCUCGCCUCAACUGAUUCUGUACAAAGACCGGUCCAAAUGGUGGCGAUCAGGGCACUGGAACGGCCUCCAAUGGGGUGGCAUACCGGCUUUGAGCUCUCUCCCUCGGAGUAACUUCUUCAACAUCACUUUCACCAACGAUCAGGACGAGAUCACAGUGGUGUGGAGCGUCCUGGACCCUUCAAUCUUCACCUACAUCAUCGUCGAUGGCUCAGGAUCCCUUCUUCAAUACGCUUGGCAAGCUAAGCAGCACAAAUGGGUCCAAAUCUACACCGCGCCCGUCGACACCUGCGACUACUACGCGAAGUGCGGUCGGUACGGCAAGUGCGACAUGUACAACAGUAACGGGUUCGACUGCGGGUGUCUACCAGGGUACGAUCCCGUGUCGCUGCAGGACUGGGCAUUGAGGGACAACUCCGGCGGCUGCGGCAAGAAACAAGGGGCUUUGUCCAUGUGCGAAAACGGUGAAGGGUUCGUGAAAUUGCCUAGUGUUAAAGUUCCGGACACGGCCACUGCGGUUGUUGACCGAAGCCUGACUUUGAACGAGUGUCGAGAGAAGUGUCUCAGGAAUUGCUCUUGCAUGGCUUACGGGACUGCGGACGUGAGGAAUGGGGGCAGUGGGUGCAUGACAUGGAAUGGGCCUUUAAUGGAUAUGAAACAGUUCUUGGAAGGGGGUCAAGAUUUGUACGUUCGUGUCGAUGCGAUUGAAUUAGCUAAAUAUGCCAAGUCAGAUGGGCUUUCUUUAAAAUGGAUAUUGUCUAUCGUGGGAAUCUCAGUCACUGCUGCUGUACUACUCAUUGCCUCUGUUUUGUACUGUUUAAAGAAAAUGAAGAGAAAAGAUGUGGUUCUUGGACAGCCCGCGACAUUUCUCAAUGAUGUUUCAGGGAGCUUAAUGAGAUUUGAAAAUUCUCCAAGGAAAAGUAGUAGAGAAAAAACAGAUGUACUUUUCUUCGACUUUGGUUCAGUGGCUGCUGCAACAGAUAAUUUUUCUUCUGUCAACAUGCUUGGAUAUGGGGGAUUUGGCUCUGUUUACAAGGGGGUUCUACCUGAUGGGCAAGAACUAGCUGUAAAAAGAUUAUCACAAUUUUCAGGGCAAGGAGUGGAAGAGUUUAAGAAUGAAGUUUUACUGAUAGCAAAACUUCAGCACAGGAAUCUUGUAAGACUUCUUGGUUGCUGCAUUCACAAAGAAGAGAAGAUGUUGAUGUAUGAAUACUUGUCGAACAAAAGUUUGGACUUGGUAUUGUUUGAUGAAAACAGAAAAUCACUGUUGGAUUGGAGAAAGCGGUCACAAGUUAUCAUAGGAAUUGCUCGAGGCCUCUUAUAUCUACAUCACGAUUCAAGACUCAAAAUCAUCCAUAGAGACCUGAAAGCAAGCAAUGUUCUACUUGAUGCUACAAUGAAUCCGAAAAUUUCAGAUUUCGGUAUGGCUAGGAUGUUUGGAGAUGACCAAAUAGAAGCAAAUACAACUAAAGUGGUUGGAACAUAUGGUUACAUGUCACCAGAGUAUGCAAUGGAAGGCCUGUAUUCAAUAAAGUCUGAUGUCUUCAGUUUUGGGGUUCUUACAUUAGAGAUCAUUACUGGGAAGAAGAACAGCCAUUUCAAUGAAGUUUCCUCACUUAAUUUGGUUGGCCAAGUCUGGGACUUGUGGAAAGAAGGAAAAGCUUUGGAGAUUGUUGACGAAUCAAUAUUGGAUUUGGCUGAGCCAUAUCCAAGUGAUCAAGUCUUGAGAUACAUCCAAAUCGGGCUGUUAUGUGUUCAGGAGCUCGCUGUAGAUAGACCAACCAUGUUAGAGGUUGUGUUCAUGCUGGGACAUGAGACCCCUCUUCAAUCUCCUAAAAGACCAGCAUUUAUUUUCAAAAACACUGGUAGCGAUACCUCAACAUCGAAAGGAGUUUCUGUAAAUGACAUAACUGUUACAGUGAUGGAAGCUCGCUAAAGUUUCAAGCUUUCUUGAAAAGUUUUGACUUGAUCUAAUCACACUCAGUAUCUUCAUUCUAGCUAGCAUGCAGCAAUGAAUUUUUUUUGGUCUUGUGCUGCUUUCUCUGAAGAAAUGUGUAGCAGAAGAGUUUUUUUUUAAGAGUUACUAGUUGAAUUUGCCAGAAGAGUUCAAAUCAAUACCCAAUUGUCUAAUAAAAAGUUUGUACUAGAUUUGUAAAUACAUGAUAUAGUUAUUGAA